GUGAAAUCGAAAAGAAAAGUUAUGACUAGUCUCAAUCCUGCCUAGUAAGAGAAAACGCCUCGAUCAGAAGUGGCACGUCCGAAGUAAUAUUUGUGGCUCUUCAACAUGGCCAACCUCGGCGGCCCGGGCGCAGCCGGCGGAGGUUCAUCUGCAUCUGCAGUUGGUACUCUUCUGAACCUCGUCUUUCCCUCCGGUUCCGCCGCUGGGGGCAGUUCAUCUCCUCUGCAGACGAUGAGUCCUGCUGCUGUUCCUGACGUCAUGACGGCUCUUUCGUCCUCGUCCGGAGCAGGCGUAUUAAUGCAGGAAGCUGCAACUUCCUCUAUCCCCCCUGUGGAGCAGCAGCAGCACCGCGCUAUGCUAGCCGCGUCCUCUCGGAUGCAGAAGUCUUUCGACGGAUUGCAUGGGAAUUUACUCGGCAGCAGGAACGAUCAGAUGGAUAACCCCUUUCGACAGUAUUGAAUUUUUUUUUCCAAGCUGCAUGUAUGUAGUUUGAUAAUUUUGCAAAAAUGGUAUUGUUUCAACAUCUCUUGCAACUCUAGAACUACAUGAAAACCUUUCUUCUCCAGGCUCGCCAUGGUGUUGGACGGUGAGGAUCACGUGGGUCUGUCCUUCUGGUUGGCCUCCGGUUUGUAUGAGAGUGCACAACUCCCCCUCCCCCUCAUUUGUCAUGCACAACCCUAAAUCCAAGUGCUUCCCUGUGGCGCUCUUUGCAUGACAGAUUCUGGAAGCCCAAACAGUAGCUACACUAGGCGCAUGAAUUUGUCUUGCACAGGCUCCAUGUGUGCUGGUGAUUGUAUUGUUGUUCAUGCAAAACGAAUGAGGAAGAGGGGGAGUUGUGCACUCUCAUAGUUUGAUGCUGGCCGCCUUGGCGUUUUUCUUUUUCCAGGUUUUCCUCGUGCCCCGGCGGUGGGCCAAUUCCAUGGUGGUCGCUGGGCUCGUGUGCGGCGUCGCGUGGCACCACUACACGGAAAUGAAGGACAUUUGGGCCAGCACGCAGCGCGCCCCCACGGUCUACCGCUAUGUGGACUGGUACAUUAAAAAGAUGUUCGUCAUGCUGUAAGUUGAUUAUUACCUACUUACCGCGAAAGCUGCUUGGUUUUGUGAGUUAAUCACAGCGCGAGUAGAACUAGAGUACAAUCUACUUACUUCCUAUCAAUCUGUUUUACCUAGCAUGACCAGUAGUUGAACCAACGGCUCCCCUCCUGUUGUCGUUUGGCAACAUUUAAUAUAGCAUGACAACGACAACAACAAGAAAUAAAGGCUGGUCACCGUGCCGCUGCAAGUGACCGAGUUCUACUUGAUCCUCGUGGCGGCCAACCCGGACGACAAACCCCCGAUCUCCGGAUUUCUCUUCUUCCGCCUGCUGGGAGCCUCCCUGCUGAUGUUGACAUUCGGCUAUCUCGGCGAGUCGGAUGUGAUGGACAGCUGGAUUGCGUUCUGCAUCGGCUUCCUCUUUUACGCCUACAUCCUCUACGAGGUAUUUUUCGGGGAGGCGAGCCAAAUCAGCGCGCAGCUCUCUCUCGACGAAGCCAAGAAAUUUCUCGCCAUUUUUGUCGGCAGUAGCAAGAAAGACGACGACGAGGCGGACCUGGACGACGAGGAUAGCGGCGCGCAGCGCGAUGAAGUGGACGAACGGGCGAAGCGCGAGGCCAUCGAGAAAGCGAUGAACUCGGCCAGGUAGAAGUUGAUGUUGUACAACUUGCGGGAUCAUGUGAAAUAAUGUUGAAUUAAACACAUUAUAUAUACACAACUGAUUUGGAACUUAUUCACACAACCAGACUCGAUGGUCUGAGUCUGUGCACAAACACGACCACAAUAUCAUAAAACUACACAGCGGGCAGACGGCCGCGAACAGUGUCGCUCUGAAGGAGUUCAAGAAACCCGAGGCGCAACUAGCAUUUGAAAUCAUCCGGAUCAUCUUGCUCUUCGGCUGUAUCCUGUCUAGAAAUUAAUAGCGUCCCCACGGCAGCAGGCGGCGUUCUCAUCUACUAGUAGUGGCGUUUUGUUUAGUACUGUUUGUGCAGUCGUGAACAAUGUGAUGGUCUGCUCUCCAUGAUAUCACGCUGAGGCACUUGAUGCUUCGUCAUGCAGCCAGGAAGCCUUUAAUUACAGCACCACGCUCGAGCAUGCCCAAAAAACUUGUAAUGCUCACUUCGAAAGAGUACUGUGGAGUCGUGGGAUUGAUGCUUUUCUUAAGGAUGACGGGGAUGCUGUACCCCAUCGGCUACCUCGCGGACGUGGGCGACGACCUGGAGGGGACAAAAACCUUGAUAUGCUUUGCAAAAAGGCUGGAUCUCGAAAGUUGUAUAUGUAAAAAGCAAGUGAAUGAAGCGCGCAUUGCAGUACGCACUGCUCACGCGUAUUACAAAUUUUAUUUGAGGUGCUAUGUAUAAUUGCGUACUCCGCGUGGAAAAUUAAUUGCUACUGCGUUUUUCCAUCACAGGUAGGAGGGCCUUUUCGUGCCCCUGCAUCUACUUCAUAGAGUCGUCUCGAAUCCACAUGUGAAUCCACAUGCGUGACAAAUCUCGCAAUCUUCCAGUGACCCAGACAUAGUUGCACUGCAUACUUGAACGCGAUCUACAAUCUCGCGGACCUGUUGAACAAGGUGGCGUUUGUAUCGCAAGAAAAAAGUAUUACAGUUACACAUUUGUUGCGAUUUCAGCAUCACAGAGCUGUUCUGCAUAGCAACGCAAACUUGUAAUGCGCAGCCUACCAGGGAAAGCACGCAUGAAAUGAGGCUGGAAAGCAUUUUCUGCAUGACAGAGGUUGUAUGUGUUGCUGGUCUUGCAUCAGAGUGUGUAACUGUAGCACUUUUUUCUUCGCAUAGUUUGGCCUCGCGAUUUACUACGCCGCCGGAUCGCAGAACGAGCAGGAUCGGGCCAUUGUGGCGUCGGUCGGCGCGCCCAGCGUGCACGACAUUCUGGAGAUGGACACGUUUCUGCACGAGGACGAUGACGCGAAGAUGAUGAACUUGUUCGUGCCGCUAUCCUCAGUAAUAAACGUCCCAACUUCAGAGUUGUCAAGAUAGAUAUUUUGCUAAUAUGCUGUCGUGCAUGACAGGUUUGGGCUUGCAGUGUGAUCAUGUGUGGCGCUUUUAAGUAGCUGCAUCACAUCUCGCUCCCCUUGUUAGCCUCAUUCUGGCAUGACAAACUACCAAAGAGCAUUAGAAAAUUGCACCUUAUGUGGUUCGUGCGCAUGGAAAAAACGUCCGAGACUUGCUGAUUCUAUCUGGGGUGGGGACGACGUCUUCACCCGGGAUAGGUCCCGAUGAAAAAUUCGAGCAAUGUCCCAGAUCUGCAACUGACCACCUCCGCGUCGAAACCAAACAUGUUUGGCGCGCCGAACUUGCUGCUCACCGGACCGACCUCUCCGCUUGGCGGUAGUAGCAACGUGGUCGCGGGAACCGCAACAAAAAGCAUGUUCGCGACGGGCACAACAGGGGCUUCCAUUUAUGCGAUUGCACAAAUAGUUCUUGUCUCCCUCAUUGAUUUUUCAUUUUCAUAUAGUCAUGCUUCAAAAGAUACCAAAAUCCUCAUCUUGCAGUUGCCGCUAAGAAAGUAAGGCUCUCUGCGCCGCGACACGUAUUAUAACUACAUCACCAGCCCGUGUGCCUAUUUAUGCAUCAUGCGGAAGUACGAAUAUCGAGGAAAAGGGGAGUUGAUGUGCACUGUCAUACGAUUGUGCCGGGAGUGAUCAACAGUGGCACGGGUACGGGUGGGCAACAAGGUAGUAGUACCUCGCCACAAUCCAAGUCGAUGUUUGCGGGUGGUCUAGGCGGUGGGUUCAUGAGCAGCAACUGGGAAGGGGCCGGCGGGAGCGGCAACCUGUCCACGUCCAGUCCCAAUGUGUUCGCAACCUCCAUGCCGACGUUCGGGGGAGGCGCCAGUUAGAUUUACCAAGAAUUACAUUUACAGCCAGUACAAGAAAUACAGUUGAUAUGUACUGCUUGUUAUAUUGCCCAACUGCUAGUGAAGUUGUAGACCUGCUGUAAUCGAUCAUGUAGUUAUACUAGAUGGCGUAGAUGUCCCAAAGAUUUACUCAGAGUCUCAAGAACGAAAAAGGCAAGCGUGCUGGGGAAGAAGUAACAUCUGAAAUUUGUUGGUAAAUAUUUAUCAGUAUUACAUGCAAGCAUGUGAGCACCCAAGUGAAAGAUCCUGUGCAAAACAGGACUAGCUGCGGAGACCAGAAAACAUUAAGCAAGUAGAGCUGCUGCAAAUACUGUACUAAGCACAGCUCUGCUAGUACCAUGUAUGAGAACAGGAUAGAUUCGUAAGUAUGACGAAAUUUAGACGAAUGUAAGAAGCGCAGAGAAAAGUUGAAAAAAGCAAGUUGGCAUAUUGAAGAUUGUGACGCCGGUGCUUUAGUACAAGAGCAAAUUGAAAUUCCCAAUGUGGUUUUAUGGCUUCGCAAUAUUUUUCGAUCUGUCGGUCCACGUCAAUGGAAAAGCAAAAGCCGUGUGUAUAACUGUAGGCGUUGACUCUACCCGCCG